CCACGCAUAUUCUCUGGAUGCUCUGUCUGAUAAUUACUUCCGCUGUAACUGAAAUCUUUUAAAUCUUGAGGUAUUUGCUGUACAGCAACAUCAAGGUACUACACCACAAGAUCAAAAGCGGAGAGUCAGGGUCUAUUGCUUCAGUUUAGCUCCCUUCCAUACAACAUCUCUCAUACGUUUCUUUGACGCAAGAUGCGCACUCUCCCGCACUCCACCAGCAGCCGGGUGCUAGCGGCACCCUCCCGUAUAGGCCGGUGUUCUGUUGUUAGGAUCUCAUGCCAAGCCCAGAAGACUACUACUCCUGAAGCGCCACCUAAACCCCUCGCCGAGACGGCGCGGUCGGGCCUCGGCAGCAUUGGCGACCUCCUCGGCCCCAUUGGCUUGACCUACAGUGAAGGCAUAACGACAAAGCGCACGGAGGCCGAUGUGGAUAACAACUCUCACAAUCGGCACGAUAAGGAUGCAAGUCCCAGUGGGCGGCCGGUGCGCUUUGGCCAGCCUGCGGUUGCCCGUAUUCCCAGCAUCCACAGCAUGACAACUGCGGAAUGGCGGGCACUCUAUGAAAAGGACGGCACCAACGACCUUUGGCUCGAGGACGAGUUCAACGCUGGAUCACGUCUCAUGGGCGGCCGUGCCGUGCACAAGGGUGGAGUGUACGGCUUCCGCACCGGUGAGGGUCCCUCUGCUGGCGACGUUCCCCUGCACAAGGUGAAGAUCUUUGACCAUUACGGCAACCAGGAGAUCGAGAUUGAGGUGCCAGAGGACAGGUAUAUCUUGUGGGAGGCGGAGGACCACGGUCUGGAGCUGCCAUACGCCUGCCGGAUGGGCUGCUGCACGGCAUGUGCCGUACGUGUCAAAGAGGGCACCGUUUACCAGCCAGAGGCACUGGGCAUUAGCCGGGAGCUCAAGGAGCAAGGCUAUGCGCUCAUGUGCGUGAGCUUCCCUUCCUCAGACGCCGUGAUGGAGACAGUAUCCGAGGACGAGGUCUACGACCUGCAGUUCGGGCAAUACUUCGAGGCGCAGGCGCUAGACCCGAAUGCGGACACAAUCGCCCGCGACGACUACGCGCUGUCGAUUGCCAACAUGGACGAGUAGGCUGGUCGUGUGGUAGAGAGUAGAAGUCCACGGUUUGAUGUUGACGAGUGAGAAGCCAGGCAUAGACUGUGUCGCAAGCGACGUGACCGUCGUCUUAAAACAUAGCAUGUCGGCACAGGAGAGGAGCCUAUUGCAUAAAAGUUGUACAAGAUGAGUAGCCGUGUCAUUCUUUUCGGUUUAUUGUUUGUUAUGUCUUCUGGUUUGGUCCUUCUAGCUGUCGAACGGCGGCCAUAUAUGCCUAAGAUUAUUUUUAUUGGUAUCCUGCGUGUAUGUUAUUGCAUGACCACACUUAUGUGCAGGAUGGGAUUCCACGGCAACUGCCACUUCGUACUGGAACUCUAUGCUUCCAAGCAAAAUUUUCUGUAGCCAGUGUACCAAUACAUGCUUUGUAACCUUCGCUACUAUAUGAAUCACACCGGAAUUAGAUGAAGCAACACACGAAUUGCUCGCCCUGCACUUGAGCCACUGCAACUCCUGAAUGCUCCAGAUGCCGAUCAGCCGAACCUACGGGGUUACCUUAGGACUUCUGUUAAUCUUAUUUGUUGGCCCGACCCUUGCCUGCUAUGAGCUUACUGAAGGAACGGCGACAGCAUCUGAACGCCUUCUCCUGAAUGGCACCUUUUCGCAAGUGCUAAAGUGCACUGGCGUAUCGAGCCUCUUGAUUGUACCAUACCUAUGGAAACCCAUUGCUAUUACCGUGGAUUGCGGGAAGCUUCAAACGUUUCAAGUGUAUAUGGGACCAAGCCCAGAUGCUCUCGUAAAGCGGUACACGAACCGAGAGCAGGCCUGGUGCAGCUUGUCGUCCCUCUUCCAAUCGGGAUGCCAGCUGCAGAUGUCCCCCUUCGCUACCAGCUAUGUCGGCAUUCGCAAAAUCUUUAGCACAGGAGUGGCGUGUCGGGUGGCGCGCCACGACCAGCUUAGCAGCUUGAUGCUGGGCAGCUGCGUGGCGGGGGCGCUGGUGUUCUUGUGGGCGAGCUACCUGUCCGAGUCCCUGGCGCUCCGAGUCACCAGCGGCGGCCUGAUGUUUGCGCUUGGCUCAGUCAUUAUCCUCAUCUACGUCUUGGCGAGGCAGAUGCCAGGCCGGCGCAGCAUGAGCAUUGCCGCCACGCUGAUGGGCAGCAGCAGCUGGGCCGUGGUGCGCUGGCUGACAGGCCACUGGCUGCCCUCAACCUACGCGCUGCUGCACAACCGCUGGCUGCUGGGCUACCUGGCGAUGUCCAGCUUGUUCGGCGCCGCUGUGACGUACCUGUACGGUGGCGUGGAGAACGCCAAGCUCAACACGCUGAUGCGCGUGGGGCUGCAGCUGCUGGGGCUGCUGCUCAUGUACAUGGGCAUGUGGACGCUGCCGCCUGUAUUCGCGACGCUGCUGGGGGUGCUGAUGGUGAUGCAGGCCAUGCGGGUGGCGGAGCCGUUCAUGGCGAGGUUCCGCACGUCGCUUCCGGGAAGGCUCAUGUUCGGGGCUCCCGCACCGGCACCCUUCGCGCAGCACGAGCCUGUGGGGACGCCGCAAGGGCCGGGCUCGUCAGCCGUCCCGCGGGUGGGCCAGUUGCAGCCCGUGCCGUACAACGGCACCCGAUUGGACACAGGAAGCGCAGCGGCACCACCGCAUACCCCGAUUACCCCCAUGCAGCCGACAUACGUACCUGUGGGCCCAGCGGGCGCGGUUAGGGAGCUGGCGGCGGCUGUGAGCUCGAUGGUGCGGACUGGCAACAUCAUUAACCCGUUAUCCGGGCACAGCAUCAAGAUUGGCGGCGACCUGUUCAAUCAGUUGAUUGAGCAGGGCUACACGCCGGACAUGGCAGCGGGCCGGCUGCAGCCGCCGCCGUCGACUCCAGGCGCAGGCGGCAGUCCGGAGGGCACUGCUGCGGACAAGGGAGCUAGCUCUUGGCUUCGAAGGCGUAAGAGCAUGAUGUGAAGGGUCAUGGGAGGGACGGCUGUGCAAACGGAUUGGGGCUUGAUUUGGGUAAGAAGAGGCUGAUGUGGGUAUAGAGAGGCUGUUCAAGCAAGUCCUUGGGAGUUGACGCCCCUCGACGUUGUUCGCGUGUAGGGCUUGCACGUACGGUAGUCGUCAUGGCGGUUGUUGUAGGUUUAAUAAUUAGAUGGCUCUUGUUUACAGCGUAGACGCUAUUGUCAUUAUGUACAUAUGCUACUACAAACGGAAAAGGGAGCAGCUGUCGUUAGCCACAGGCCCCACGCCCGCGUUAGCGGGAUUCUCUUGUACGGAAAAAGAUCACGCUGAGGCAUUUCUUGUACCUCUGCCGAAAGGCACAAAUCCAUUUGGCUUAAGUGUGUAACAUCCUAAAUUGAAUACCGUGUAGCCCUUCGUAUGCCGUGUGGCUGCUGGCUGGCCAUGCCUUCGUGACGUUCUCCGAGACGCAUGUGGUGGAUGCUGCAACAUGGCAGAACAAAGGUGCCUUACUUCGGCGCCGUUUCAGCAACCAAUACUGCGAAAAUGCGUUAAGAAGCCACGAGCUAUCGUCCAAGCUGUCAAGGAAAUAAGGUAUACAUCAGGAGGCCAACGUCCAGAACUGCACUUGGCGCAUUUCCAUGAAGCACCUCGGGCCAGCGGGACGCCGGUGCAGUUCACGGCGGUUGGCGAGAGCGCAGCUCAUCCAUCCUCGCGGCGUGUUGAGAGGCGUAUUCCCCUGGACCAGGCAAGGCCCUACCCAGCUAUCUUGGAGGAUCCUGGCAGUAGCGAGCGGGCUGUCAGUCGUUACCUUAUAGGCACCAUCAUGAAGGCGUCCUCCUGGCAGCAGCUUGAGGGCGUGGUGCAGACGCACACCGCCUCCCUCAACUACAUCCACAUCAGCGCGCUGGUAUGCCGCCUGCCCAAGCUAGUAACGCCCACGCAACUAGCAGACUCACAAAAAGCCAGGUUCAACCGCUUUCUCAGCGCGGUUUCUGACCUAGUCUCACAUCGCCUUCCCAGCUUCGAUGCGCGAGCCGUUGCCAACGUGCUGUGGGCUGUGAGUAAGCUUGGCUACAGCCCCGCGCCCCCGUUGCUGAACAAGUUCCUCUUUGAGGCGUACGUCCGCAUGUACGACAUGAAAGCCCAGGAGCUAGCGAACAUAUCCUGGGCGCUAGCAACCUUGGCCGCCAUGGGCAACCAGCCCGUACCCCAGUGGAUGCGCAAAUUCACAUGUGCAGCUGUACGGCAGGUGCCGUACCUGAAACCGAUGGAACUGGCACACAUGACCUGGGCGCUCUCCAAGCUCUGUGCCCCGAUUACAGCCCCUAGCUCGCCCAUGCAGCGACCGUUAGCCACCUCCACACCGCACACCCCGUCGCAUGGUGCUGUCGCCACCAGUGCGGCUGCUACCACCAGC